AGUUCCGGAAAUUCAUGCCAGUGUAGACGUAGCCUUUGUGUUCUCCAAUCCAGCUGCCUUACGCUUGCAUUUGUUGCCAAGAAUGUCGUUGUUACAGCACCAGCACUUGAAGAAAUUGAAGAGGAGAACAUUUUCCCCAGGGGGACUGGACUGUUUCUCUUUUUUUCCUGUUAAGAUUCUACAAGCCUGUAGCAAUUGCCCCACAUCUGUUUACUUAGCCAACUUGAAAUAACUUCCUUUUCUUUUAACCUGCCCUUGGGUUUGGUUGGGGGGUUAUUGACACUUGGUUCUUGAAGAGAUUCAGAUCUGACACACAUGUUUUUGAUGCAAGAGAAAUACCCAGGCAACAGUAAUGACAAAUUAGAUCUAAGGGCAAGAGUGAGCAGCAAGUUAGACAGAACUUUGCAAUGGGAUGUGUAAUCCUGGACUGCAGAGAGGAAGGAUGGCCCAGUGGUUAAGGCACUAGUCUAAGACCCUGCUUGGUUACUUCUUCUGUGACCAUGGUCAUGUCAUUGAGUCUCUCCAUGACUCAGUUUCCCAUCUGUAAGAUGAAUGUAGGAGCAUUUCAUCUGUAAGAUGAAUAUAAGAGGAUUAACUGCAUUAAAAAUGGUAAGAUCUCAUAUGCUGUGGUAAUGGGGGCCAGAUAAAUUCCUAAAACAGACAUUGCAUUUCCAGAGCAGGGAGAUAAGAGUUCUUUGCAAGGAGCACCCACCUAGAAUAUUGCAUUCCAUUUUGGGCAUUGAGUUACCAGAACAUUAUUGACACUGGAGGGAGUUCAGAGAACAAACAAUUGACUUGACCCAGAGGAUUUGAUUUAUAAGGAAAUGUUAAGCCAAGGGCUUGAAUUCCCAGGGCUUAGUAUCCACAAUCAGGACUUAAUUUCCAGGAGAGCUGGUUCCACUUUUGCUUGCUUAGCUGUCAGAUCUGUAAACAUGUCCAGCAGCUGCCACUGUGACGCUUACAUCUAGAUUUUCACAACAGUUCAGCACCCAGCAUGCAUCUGAUCUCUGAGCUCUCGCGAAAAGCUAGCCCUACAAAUUCUAGCUGGGUGUUUUAUAGUUUGAUCAGUGAUGACGAAGGAAGGAUAUAACACUCUGCAAAUAUUUGCAGACUGUUUAGGCCAAGAAGGAAGGGAAUUGGUUUGUGUAGUAACCUGAGGUUUACCUAGAAGUAAUGGGAUGAAAUAAUGGAAAAGCUAGGCUGAAUAUUGGGAUAUAAUCUCCAGUGUGAGAACUUUAUUUAACUGUCCAACAGUGAGUAAUGGAAAGGGUAAAACCCCAUUACUGGGGACUGGACAAGGGUAGCAAAUGCCAGACUGGAUAGUUAGCUAGGGUUUUUCCACCUCUAGCCUGAAUUUGUUAAAUCACCAGCUGUAAAAACUCUUUUAGGGAGGCUGCAUUGUUUGUUGUCAGUUGCUUUAUUUCAAAGCCCCAGUGGGGUGUGAGUCUCCCCUGUUUCCUGGGCCUUUGGAAGGAUUGCUUCAGUGCCUACAUUAUAGGAAGUAGAGGUGGCACUGAAUGUUAUGCCCCCUGCGUGCAGUGCCCAGGAGAACACAGAUCUUUACAAGUGCUGGUUGCUUUACCCUUUCCUACAGUUGCCCUGCGAGGUGGAGGGGGUUAACUGCUUCUGGACCUCCAUUUCCCAGCAAGCAGCAGGGAUGUUAAUUAGGCAUCUUGCCUCAGGUUGUUACCAGGUUAGCUGAGGAUGAUUGUCAGGAGGUGAUUAACUUAGCCUGAAAUAUCAGGUGCAGCUGAGAGCACUGGGUGAACAGCUUUCAUUUGGCCGCUGACACGGAGCUGCAGAGAGGCUGCUUUCCCUGCUAUUGGAGACUGAAGGGUGUGGACGGACUUCCCCAGGAGCCCAUUCCUACCUCAGAGUCCAGUCAUGGCCUGGGACCCUGUCAUAGCCAGCUGCUGUACAAACAGAACCAAAGAGUCCAUGAUAUAAAUAAGACAGACAUGAGGCAUCAGCUGGAGAGACGGCACGAGCAAGCCCAGUGAGGACAAAAGGGAGCGAUUGCUUGACGAGAGAAGGCUCUGGGCAGGAUACAGCGGUGGCCUGAGCUUCCAUCCCAGGACGGCCACUGGCUCCACCCAGCAUGGACGACAGUCUCUCCAGGCCUCCAACCCCAGCAGGGCUCUCCUGUUACCUGGCCAUCUCUCAGCUCUUGGGUCUGACCGUGGUCGCCAUGACAGGAGCCUGGAUGGGCCAGUACCGGGGCGGGAUUGCUUGGGAAAACUUGCUGCAGUUCAACGUCCACCCGCUCUGCAUGGUCAUUGGCAUGGUCUUCCUCCAAGGGGACGCUCUCCUGGUUUACCGGGUCUUCAGGAACGAGAGCAAGCGCUCUGCCAAGAUCCUGCACGGGCUGCUCCACGCCUUCGCGCUGGUCAUCGCCCUCGUGGGUGUGAUCGCCGUGUUCGAUUACCACAGGAAGCAGGGCUUUGCGGACAUGUACAGCCUGCACAGCUGGUGCGGGAUCACCGCCUUCAGCCUCUACUUCCUCCAGUGGCUCUUGGGCUUCAGCUUCUUCCUGUUCCCUGGAGCAUCCUUCUCGCUCCGCAGCAAGUACAAAGCCCAGCACGUCUUCUUCGGCGCCUUCCUCCUCGUCCUCUCCAUCGCCGCCUGCCUGCUGGGCAUCCUGGAGCUGCUGCUCUUCAGCAUCAGGACCACCUACAGCUCCUUCGUGCCUGAAGGGAUCCUGGCCAACGUCCUGGGCCUGCUGCUCGUCGCCUUCGGGCUGGUGAUCGGCUACAUCCUGACGCGGGAGGAGUGGAAGCGGCCGCCCGCAGCUGAGGAGCUGGCCUUGUCCAUGGACUUUAAGACCCUCACCAAUGGGGAGAGCCCUAGCAGCAGCCAGUGACGGCUCCCUGAGCUGGGGCCCUGCCCACAAUGGCAGGACUCAGCUCCCUCCUGCAUGUACUAGCCCCACCGUGUCGCCGUUCCUGGUGUGUUGCUGUCGCUGUUACCUCUCUGCCGGGGGCCGGGGGCCAGCAGCUCGCUCAGCCCCGUCCUGGCACUCGGGGUUGUCAUAUUGUCCCCGGGCCCUUCUGCCAGGCCCCUCCGGCACAGGGCCAGGCUCGGUUUGGGGGUGCUCUGUGCAAGAGCCAGACGCGGGGCGUUCCCCUGGCGCUGGGGCUGGCCGGGGGGUGGGCCCUUCCCCCCACCC